GUUCCUGAAUAAGUCCGCUUUGCCUGUCCUGGGACUCUCCUUUUACCCCCGGCCUGACUCUGAGGAGCAGGGUCGGGCUCCGUAUCCUUCGGGAGUGCGAUCCCUCAUGUCUGAGCAUUGGGGGACAGCAUUGUUGCAGUUGGUCAUAAUGGCAGGUGAAGAAAUAAAUGAAGAUUAUCCAGUAGAAAUUCAUGAGUAUUUAUCAACAUUCGAGAAUUCCAUUGGUGCUGUGGAUGAGAUGCUCAAAACCAUGAUGUCUGUUUCUAGAAAUGAGUUGUUGCAGAAGUUGGACCCACUUGAACAAGCAAAAGUGGAUUUAGUUUCUGCGUACACAUUAAAUUCAAUGUUUUGGGUUUAUUUGGCAACUCAAGGAGUUAAUCCUAAGGAACAUCCAGUAAAGCAGGAAUUGGAAAGAAUCAGAGUAUACAUGAACAGAGUCAAAGAAAUAACAGACAAGAAAAAGGCUGGCAAGCUAGACAGAGGUGCAGCUUCAAGAUUUGUAAAAAAUGCCCUUUGGGAACCAAAACCUAAAAAUGCAUCAAAAGUUGCCAGUAAAGGGAAAAGUAAAAAUUAAUUUUUGAUUUUGAAGUACGUAUAUUCAAAAAGUACUUUUUGUUGUUUUCCACAAAAUAGAGGAUAACUGUGUGUCAAUGCAGUGUUUAAAUGUAUUCCUUUUUGAAUUCAUAUAUAAAGUUCACACUAGAAAUUUCUUUAAUGCUGAAUGCAUUUUUCCAGAAAGAUUAAGUUAUCUUUAUUGAUUUUCCUAUAGAGAGCUAUGAGGGUUUUAACAUUAUGGUAUAUUUUAUAUUCAUAAUUUACUGUCUUUUUUUGAUGAAACUCCUGUUUCCUUAUAUAGGCCAUUCUUUCAUGUACUGUUUUAUAAACAACUAUGAAAUUUAAGUUUAAUGUUCUUUGUAAACAUUUUGUACUAUUUUAAAUGAAUAAUGAUCUUAUGAAAUAUGUCAUCUGAAGACUGAAGUUAUAAGUACAUCUGUUUUCACUAUAUAAUAUUAAGAAAUAAUGAAAUAACUUAAAUGUCCUUUUUUUCCUUGUGGUUAUUUCAUCAUGUUUUCAUGAUUUUAGAAAUUAUUGCUUUUUUUAUAUUCAGAGUGUGAAAUUAAAACUUUAAGGUUAUACUUUAAUUCUUGGCACUUCACCUCUGUGUCCCAUUUAAAAUAAAAUACAUUCUAUUCUCAUUUUCUUUUAGGUGGGAAAUGAGGUUGUAUAUAGAUGACUGAAUUUUAGCAUAAUGGCUAUACCCUGUUAAAAAGAGCUGUAAAUGUUGUGUAGCUAAGCUGUUUAUUUUUCUCAUGUGUAAAUUUACCCUUCAAAUUAGGAAGAUAGAUUUUAGAAACCAUCACAAAUAAAGAAAUUGAUGAGUUUUUGUUCUUGAUGCAUAUUGCUUUAGAUAACUUCCCACAGUUCUGUUGAUCUCACUUUUUUAGAUUUUUUUGCUUAUAUGUCUUUGAGACUAUGUCAAGUACUUACAAGUGUUUUGGAACAAUUUCUAUAAUCCUACUUAAGUAGAAGGAGAAAUCCAAAGGAGACUACAUUGUGUUUAUAUUCUGAUUUAUCUUUUGGGAACAUUUGUUACAGAGAAUUCUACAUAUUAAACUUUUUAAAAUGUC